AUGGACGCCGACACCAAUGUCAAUAGUGAGAUGAGCGAUUUGGUGCAUCAAGUGAGAUCUCGCAAGAAAGACACGUGAGAGUGAGAGUGAAAAGUUUGACUUGUAGGCUGAGGAAUGGGCUGUCCUUGGCGGAUUCAAUCGGGUGCCGGAGGUGUCCAUCAAUGAGCUCAGAACUCAUCAAAUCAGCAAACAGAUUCUGACCCGUGCCGCGUUAAGGCUUCUGGAGCAACUGGGAAUCAAGACUGUCGAGGAGUACAAGCGACUUUUUGGAGACGCCGAAGAAGAGGAGACUGCAGUCUCGCCUGUAUCGCCAAUGGGGAUCGAAGAGUUUCAGGUAUGAACACAGUAUCAAAAUGACAAACAACCAAAAGAGAAGAAGAAUGAAUACCGGUUGUUUGCCGAAGGCACGGUGAAAAAUAAAAGAUAGAACACAACAUAGUGAUGUUUGAUGUUUCUACAGAGCAUUCUGAAGAACGGAUGGUCGGUCGACGAGCCUUCGUUCUGUUCAAAGAGGCGCACUUCGAUGCUCGCCGAUUUCAACGCAAUGUCUCCGAUCGCUUCGGAAGCAAAUCAAGUUUCGCCGAAAAAGUUCGCAAUGCCUAAGGCUCCGAUUAGAAAAUCAGAGCCGCCACCUCAUGCAAGAAAGCUGUUCACAUCGACUCCAAAGCCGAAACAAUCGAUGAUGAGAAGAACGAACUCUAUGCCAGGUACCCCGAAUCAGAACUUGAACCAGUCGAUCAGAAGAGAGAUGAUGAUGACGGUGAGUUGAGAGAGCGGUCAGCGAUUAAUGACAUCAGUCAGUCAACGAUAACUCUUAUCUUUCAGCCGCAACGUGUCCCGAGCACGCUGAGACUGGUGCGUUCUUCGAUUGGUCCGUUGGAAGGAGAGACUCCGCUGGAGAAUAGAGCGAGUCGCCUCCGCAGAAUGAAGCUGGAAGAGAGGAAGCGUUCGCUCGGAGGACACGACACUUCGAGAAACUCGACGUUUGACUGA